AUGGCUGCAUCGCACGAUUCCGAUCAUCUCGUUGGUCACGUUAUGGACCAGACGAUGUUCGAACUUCCUGGCGGGACCCACAUUCACAUCCCGCAGCCGUUCGAGGCCAUCGGUCUGACGAUCACCAAGUUCAUGCUGCUCGAAGUUGUGGCUGCCGCGUUGGUGGCUUUCGCUUUUAUCGGCCUCGCCCGACGAAUCGCUGACGGUUCGCAGGCCAAGGGACGGUUUUGGAACCUGUGUGAAGUUUUCCUCGUGUUCAUUCGCGACGAAAUCGUCCGCCCUUCCAUCGGCAAAGAAGAUGGCGACAAAUACCUUCCUCUGCUGUGGACCAUGUUCCUGUUCAUUCUCACUUGCAAUCUGCUAGGCCUCAUCCCCUGGAUGGGAAGUGCCACUGGAGCGAUGGCGACCACCUCCGCCUUGGCUUUCAUUACCUUUGCCGUAGUGGUCGGCACGGGUGUCUCGCGGAUGGGGGUUAUCGGCUUCCUUAAGGCUCAAGUGCCGCACAUGGAAUUGCCGCUCCCGAUUGCCAUCGUGCUGAUCCCCGGUCUGUUCGUCAUCGAGCUGUUUGGCCUGCUGAUGAAGCACUUCGUGCUGGCCGUUCGGUUAUUGGCAAACAUGUUCGCCGGCCACGUGGUGCUGGUGGUGAUUAUGAGUUUUAUCGUGCAAGCCGCGGGAACCUGGUUGGCCUUUGUGGUUUGGCCGGCCGCGUUGUUCGGGGCCACGUUCAUUAGUUUGUUGGAAUUGUUUGUAGCCUUCCUGCAGGCCUACAUUUUCACGUUUUUGUCCGCAAUGUUCAUCGGAAUGGCCCGUACUACUCCUGCUCCGGCAGCUCCUGCUCCGGUGAAUCACUUUGGUCCCGUGGGUGCUGGCCUGAUCAUCAUCGGUGCCGGUCUGGGUAUUGGUUACAUCGGUCGCUCGUCGGUCGAAGCCGUCGCCCGUCAGCCCGAGGCCUGGGGUAGCAUCCAAACCGGUAUGCUGAUUACGGCCGCUCUGAUCGAAGGUGAAACGAUGACGGGGAUCAAAGUGGCGGCUUUAUGCCUGCUGGCUUUGCUGGUUCCGUUGGGGUUGGCACUGCCCACUCCGGCGCUUGCCGACGAUGCGCACGACGCAGCACACAUGACCGAUGAAGAGAUUGCCCACGAGGCCGGAGCGAGCCCACUGUCGUUCGACGAAGAUCUCGCGGUGUGGUCGUUGGUUGUCUUCUUGAUCUUGCUGGCCGUGUUGUGGAAGUUUGCGUGGGGGCCCAUAUCCGAGGGGCUCGACAAACGCGAACAAGGCAUCGCCGACAACAUCGCGGCCGCAGAGCAAAAGCAUGAAGAGGCCAAAGAACUGCUGGUGCAGUACGACAAGCGUUUGGCAGAGGCUGCCGGCGAAGUGCGCGAGAUUAUCGAAGAAGCUCGCCGCGACGCCGAACACACGCAGAAGGAAAUUCUGGCCAAGGCAACCGAAGAUGCCCAAGCCAUUCAAGAUCGCGCUCGCCGCGAAAUUGAAACCGCAACUUCGGCCGCAUUGAAGGAAUUGUCUGAACGCAGUGCCUCCCUUGCCGUCGAACUGGCGGGCAAGAUCGUCCAGUCUCAUCUGAGCCAGGAAGAUCACACCCGAUUGAUCGACAUGAGCUCCAACGGGAAAAUGGCAUCGCACGACCCCGCAGCGCAACAGAUCGGAACGGUCUACGCGCAAGCGUUAGUGGGGGCUGCAGAAGCAGCGGGUGAGACGCAAUCGGUCCUGGAAGAGUUCGAUUCGUUUAUCGACGAUGUGCUCGAUACGCAGCCGAAUUUUGCUGAAGUGCUGUCCUCGGUGCUUAUCGGGGCUGACGAGAAAAUCAAUCUGUUGGAUAAGGCGCUAGCCGGACAGGCCUCGAAGACGUUUCUCAAUUUCUUGAAGAUCGUCGCAAAGCACGGGCGGCUCGAUUACCUGCGUUCGAUGCGACAGGCCGCACAUGCCAUUUACAGCGAGGCACGAGGGCACGUGUCCAUCGAGGUGCGUACCGCCACCGCGUUGGAUGAGGCCAGUGCCGAGAGAAUUCGCACCACGCUGAGUGGUCUUUUGGCCCGCGAAGCUGACCUGGUACGGACGAUCGAUCCCGAUCUCAUCGGUGGUCUGGUCGUGAAGGUAGAAGACACAGUUUACGACGCCUCGGUGUCGACUCGCUUAGAAAAAAUGCGCCGAGAGAUGAUCAAUAGGAGUCGCGUUCUCGAAGCCGGUGACGGAAUCGCACGGGUGUACGGCCUCUCGGGUGUCAUGUCCGGAGAAAUGGUCGAAUUCACCCGAACGGGCGUUCAGGGGUUGGCGUUCAACCUCGAAGAAAAUUCCGUCGGUAUCAUCAUCCUUGGUGACUUUUUGAAAGUCAUCGAAGGCGACGAAGUCCGCAGCCUGGGCAAACUGCUCAGCGUGCCGGUCGGCGAGGCCGUUGUCGGUCGUGUGGUCAACGCCCUGGGCGAACCGCUCGACGGAAAAGGCCCCAUUGUCACCAGCGAUUCGCGUCCCGUGGAAACCAUGGCCCCGGGCGUCUCGGGUCGUCAGCCGGUGACCGAGCCGUUGCAAACCGGUAUCAAGGCCGUGGACGCCAUGACGCCCAUCGGGCGUGGUCAGCGUGAGUUGAUCAUUGGCGACCGUAAGACCGGUAAGACCGCCAUCGGGAUCGACGCCAUUCUGAACCAACGCGACUCGGGCGUAAAAUGCUUCUACGUCGCGGUUGGUCAGAAGGAAUCGACCAUCGCCGGCACGAUCGAAGUGCUUCGCGAGCACGGCGCGAUGGACUACACCACCGUGAUCAUCGCCGCGGCUUCCGACCCUGCUCCGCAGCAGUACAUCGCUCCGUACGCUGGUACGGCCAUGGCCGAGUUCUUCACAUAUCGUGGCGAACACGCCCUGAUCGUCUACGACGACUUGUCCAAGCAAGCCGCCGCGUACCGCGAACUGUCGCUUCUAAUGCGUCGUCCUCCCGGACGUGAAGCCUAUCCGGGUGACGUGUUCUACUGCCACAGUCGUUUGCUCGAACGUUCGGCCAAGCUCAGCGACGAACUGGGCGGUGGAUCGCUCACCUCGCUGCCGAUCGUCGAAACGCUCGAAGGUGAAGUGUCGGCUUACAUUCCCACGAACGUGAUUUCGAUUACCGACGGGCAAAUCUACCUGCAACCCGACUUGUUCUUCGCCGGUCAACGUCCGGCCAUGAACGCCGGUAUCUCGGUUUCUCGUGUCGGUGGUGCGGCUCAAAUUCCCGCCAUGAAGAAGGUGGCCGGUGGUUUGCGUCUCGACUUGGCGGCCUUCCGCGAAUUGGAAGCCUUCGCCCAGUUGGGAACGGACCUCGACCCUCAUACUCAAUCACGGCUCGAUCGCGGUUACCGCAUGGUCGAAUUGCUCAAACAGGGGCAAUACAAGCCGAUGGAUGUGAUCGAUCAGGUGCUGAGUAUCUAUGCCGGUACGCGAGGACACCUCGACAAGGUCGAUCUCGACAAGGUGGACGCAUGGGAAACUCAGUUCCUGGCGUUCAUGCGAGAGCAAAAGUCUGAGAUUCGUCAGGCCCUCGAAGAAUCGCAGAAACUGACCGACGAGACCGUCGAAGCGUUGGAAGCUGCCAUUAAGGAAUUCCAAGGGCAGUUUGACACACAAAAGCCCCUGAUCGCAACGGCGAAGUUCAAACGAGCGCUCGAUCGUGCUCAUGCGGCGACUUCGUACACCGACCGCAUGACGCAACUGGUCGCCGACCUCGCGCGUAGCGGUUUGGAUGUGAGCCACCCGUUGCUCGAAGGACGCAGCGAAACGCGGCACGCGAAGCUGUUGGUGAUUACCGCCAACCGCGGAUUGUGCGGCGGUUACAACUCCAACGUGCAACGACUCGCCUUCAAGCGACUUGCCGAACUGAAAGAAACCGUCCCGAAGGUCACGCUCGAGAUCGCCGGUAAACGCGGCAUUUCGGCGUUCAACUUUCGCGGUAUCGAGAUCGACGAGAAGUUCACGCACUUCGAAGAUCGCCCCACCUUCGGCGAUGUCGAUACGCUGGCCUCCCGCUACCUCGAAGAAUACGCCGCAGGCAAGCUCGAUCGUUUGGACGUGGCCUACACCGAGUUCCAUAACGUUGCCAAGCAGGAAGCCACCAUCGUCACCCUCUUGCCCCUGGGCGACUUGCAGAUUGGUGGCGACGCUGAGGAAGAAUCCAGCGGGCCGGUCAAGCAGUACGAGUUCCUGCCUUCGGCCGAAGGAAUCUUGGAAGAGAUCGUGCCAACCAGCUUCAAGAUUAAGCUGUUCAAGUGCUUCCUCGACGCUGCGGUGAGCGAGCAGACUUCGCGGAUGGUGGCCAUGAAAGCCGCGACCGAGGCUGCCGACGACAUGAUCAAGAGCCUGUCGAUGACCUACAACCGUGCACGUCAAAGCCAGAUCACCAGCGAACUGCUGGACGUGCUCGGCGGUGUCGUGAUCGGCUCGACGUUCGAUGUUGAGUUUCCCGAGAAUAGUCUGCCGGCAAUCUACAACGCCGUGACGAUCAAGUCCGAUCACAAAGGUGUCUCGCUCGAUCUCACGGGCGAAGUGCAACAGCACCUCGGCGGUGGCCGCGUUCGCUGCAUCGCCCUGGGCGGUACCGAUGGCUUGAUGCGAGGCCAAGAGGUGGUCGACACCGGAAACCCGGUUUCAGUUCCCGUCGGUCCCCAAACCCUCGGUCGCGUGUUCAACAUGUUGGGCGACCCUAUCGAUGGUCGUGGCCCGGUCGAUGCCCAAGAGCGUUGGCCCAUCCACCGCGAAUCGCCUGAGAUUGCCGACCUGUCGACCAAGACCGAAGUGUUCGAAACCGGUAUUAAGGUGAUCGACCUGCUUACCCCGUUCGUCCGUGGUGGUAAGGCCGGGCUGUUCGGUGGUGCCGGUUUGGGUAAGACGGUUAUUCUCACCGAACUCAUCGCUCGUAUCGCUAGUAGCACUGGUGGUUCUUCGGUGUUCGCCGGCGUGGGCGAACGUACGCGUGAAGGAACCGACCUUUGGCUCGAAAUGCAAGAAGCCAAAAUCGGUGAUACCGGCCGCAACGUGCUUGAAAACACCACGAUGGUCUUCGGUCAGAUGAACGAACCCCCGGGGGCUCGUCUUCGCGUGGCUCUCUCGGCCCUCACCAUGGCCGAGUACUUCCGCGAUUCGACCGGAACCGACGUGCUGUUGUUCGUCGACAACAUCUUCCGCUUCUCGCAAGCGGGUAGUGAAGUGUCUGCGUUGCUGGGUCGUAUGCCUUCGGCCGUGGGUUAUCAGCCUACGUUGGCCACCGAAAUGGGUGCCCUGCAAGAACGCAUCGCCUCAACGAACAAGGGAGCCAUUACCUCGGUUCAAGCCGUGUACGUGCCGGCCGACGAUCCGACCGACCCUGCCCCGGCCACCGCGUUCGGUCAGCUCGACGCGUUCCUCUACCUCGAACGUUCGAUUAGCGAAAAGGGUAUCUACCCGGCCGUGGAUCCGUUGGCCUCCAGCAGCCGCGUGCUCGAUCCUCAGUACGUCGGCGAACGGCACUACGCCAUCGCCCGCACCGUGCAGAAGACCCUGCAGCGGUACCGCGAACUGCAGGACAUCAUUGCCAUUCUCGGUGUCGACGAACUGAGCGAAGAAGACAAGCUCAUCGUGCACCGCGCUCGUCGUAUGGAGCGUUUCCUCUCGCAGCCGUUCCUCGUGGCCGAGGUGUUCACCGGCAAGCCGGGUGAAAUCACUCCCAUGGCCGACACCAUUCGCAGCUUCGAAGAAAUCGCCGAAGGCAAGUGGGAUCACCUCCCCGAAAGUGCCUUCAUGUACGUCGGGGCGAUCGAGCAGGCCGAGGAACAGACGGUCGACUCGGUCGUGGUCCCGCUUUACGACGGCGAACUCGGCAUCCUACCGGGGCACGCUCCGCUGAUUGGGCGCCUGGGUUUCGGCGAACUGCGGAUGCAGCACGGGGGUCAGACCGAACGGCUCUACGUCGACGGCGGCUUCGUUCAAGUCGCCGACGAUGUGGUCUCGCUGCUUACUGAAGACGCCAAGCCCGUUGAAAAGUUGGACGAGGCCGAAGCCAAGGCCCUUCUGGCCGAAGCUCAAGAGAAGACGGCCAACACUGUCGAACUGCAAGCCAUCCGCCAGCGUUCACUCGAUCGGGCCCGGGCCCAAAUCCGCCUGGCCGGACGUCGCUGA